AUGGUGACCAUUAUCAAUUGUCUGUGUACAAUUGCUCGCACGAGUUCAUCAACAAACACCAACAGCCAUCGAAUUGAUCCUAUUGUUCGUAGCCUGAAACGAAUUGUCGAUACUGCCCUUCAAGAAGAUGCGCCCGAAGAUAUUGACAAUGACUCUUUAAUUGAGCAACUAAGUCAAAUACUUGAACAAGAAGAAGGCUUUCGAAUAGCUGAUCACAAACCAAGAUCAAUGUAUCAGACCGGUGAAGAUGAAUCAAGCGUUCCUGAUGGAUCAGGAGAUUUUAUUGGCGAUGAAAAGCUACCUUCAUUCUAUUCAAAUAUGAGUAUCGUAGCAUUUACGAUGGGACCGACUACAACUGUAUUUAGCAAAUACACACCUCUUACAAGUUCUCCAUGUCGGUGCGAAAAGGGUGAACGAGGAGAUAAGGGUAUUCCUGGAAUAUGUCCGGCAGAUUGCGCUGGUGUGGGAUAUCCUGAGCCGCAAAAGGAUUGUAUUGGCUCUCAUAUCAAUUUGGCGCAUCUUGCUCAAUCCAUUCGUCAAUUAAUUAUUGAUAGCAAAAAAAUUGCUUAUCGAAAUGCGCUUGCACUUCCUUGUGUAUGUACGCCAACAUCACCCUCAUCAUUAUUAUCUUCGACAACAACAUCGCCGGCAGUAUCGAGCCAAUUUACUCUUGACUAUAAUACCUAUGCUCGAUUAAAAGGUGAGAAAGGCGAUAGAGGAAUGAAAGGCGACAUUGGUACAUCAUGUUCAUCAACGUGUCUGCAAUCAGCACAGACCAAUGUACGCGUAUUUAAAACGUUGCAACAAGCUAUAGAUGCUUCAACAACUUAUCCUGAUCAUUCUUAUAUUCACAUUGUCAAUGACUAUGGACAAUUGCAAGGAGUUUAUAUUCGAGUUCACGGUCAAUUGAUACCAUUACGAAUAGAGAGCGAAAGCUCCCAUUAUGUACACGAACAGCCACUACCGCCGACGACAUUAUCUAUCCCGAAACCGCAAUGCACCACUACCCUCUCAUGUAAAAGCCUUCAUAUGUUUGCAAUUGGCCCAAAUGUACGUAAAAUGUGUAAUACAAAACGAACAAAUGCGAUGUGCUCAAAAUUAUCCGAUUACGAUAAUGUAUGUGAAAGUGCAUCUAAACGUCAAAAUUUAAGUGGCGUCUAUCGAGCAUUUAUGUCCACGAGUACAAAUUGGUUGUCUAAUCUAUUUGCUGGUGUUUGUGUCAGUGCAACCGUUGCUAAUUUGCAUGAACAAACUUUAUUUGACAACGUCGACGAUAUCUUUCAACAAAAGCCAGCUCAAAGUGAAAUUCUCGAUGUACAAGGAUUACGACCUCAAUUUCAAUACUGGUGGCACGGCACAAAUAUUAAUGGGACAGCUUCAAGCGAUACCUGUCACGAUUGGAGCCGUCAUGAUUCAAGUUUAUCCGGUAUUGCAAGUCGCAUACCAGACAGUAGACAUGGAUUAUUUCAUCAGCAACUUAAAUGGCCAUGCUCAAUAGGAGACUCAAAUAUGGGAAUCUUAUGUAUUGAAACAAACUGUCGAAAAGCUAAUUAG